GGACAUCUGCAGUCUGGCUGCAAGUGCUGGAGAAAGUGGCACAAUGGAGAGCUGCCCAUAGCGGGUUUUUCAGCUCCAAGCUCCCGCUCUUGGACCCAGGUUGGCUGUCUUUCUCUCUCCUUUCCCAAAACAGGCAGGAGGAAAUCUGAAGCGACGAGGUGAAGUGGGAGGAGACCGUCUAAUUGGGAUUCAAACCGAGGAGGCGAGUCCACUCCGGGAAGCAGGGCGAGCAGGCGCGCCUCUUCAGCACCACAAGGGUGGACAGCUCCGCUUGAGUUUCUUCCUCUCUUCAGUCGAUGCUCUUGGAAUCUCCCCGAAAAGGGGAUCAGAAGGUAACCCCGUUUAGACUACAGAAGAUAUUUUUCCUUCCUGAAAGCAACUCUCGGCUUUCGAUUUUCUUUGGACUAGAGCAGCGAAGGGAUUUGGAAGAGUGUUUCUUUUCAGGAGGGGAAGAUCCACUUGGGUGCCUGGAGGAAGGAGGCAAGGGGGCUUGGCAGGGUUUCUGGCUCUUGUCUUUGCUUUCUCUUGGAGGCUCUGCAAGAAAACCUGGGCGGCCACUUGGGCAAAACCCCAGACAACCACUCAACAGGUUGGAGACAGGCUUCACGGAUUUCCAUAAGCGGGAGGAAAAUAAAAACCAAGCAGAAGAAAAUCUCUUUGAACACAAACCACUUACUUUGAAAAAUAAUACCAAGUAUCAGAUAAUAGAAUGAUCCACGUAAAGAGGUCUUGGACAGGAAGAGAAUGUGUCUAAACAGGAGAAUCUGGGCGGAAACAGAAGAACAAAGCUGACAUAAGCACCAUCACAGGCAAAAUUCAAGAUGGCAACUCACGGCCAGCUACCAAAUGAUUCCUGUGCAAAUAGUUCGGCUUCCACUUUCACAGGCCUGGAUCUCCUCUUCGAACUGAAGCCUCUCUUCAUCCCUCUCUAUGCCCUUCUAGUACUCGUGGCCUGCACGGGCAAUGUUCUCCUUAUUGUUCUGAUUGGUUUCACCAAAAAGUUGCACAGCACCACAAAUUUCCUCAUCGGGAACUUGGCAGCAGCUGACUUAAUCAUGUGCAUUUUCUGUGUCCCCCUGACUGCUUCUUAUGCGUUUGAAAUGCGUGGGUGGCUCUUUGGGAUGUUCAUGUGUUACUUUGUCACCCUCAUGCAAGUGGCAACUGUGUUUGUGUCUGUCCUGUCCCUCACAGCGAUUGCUGUGGAUCGAUAUGUUGUUGUUGCUUACCCUAUCCGCAAAAGGAUCCGGUGCAGGUCCUGUGUCUACAUAGUGGCUCUCAUUUGGUUACUCUCCAUCAUGGUCUCCAUACCCACCUCCAUGCACACCCAUUACCUGGAUCUAAAUAGCAUUGGUCAUGACAUGAUCAUUUGCGAAGAGUUCUGGAAACACCACAAGAUGGAGAGGCGCCUGUAUUCUUGCCUGAUGCUCCUGUUAUCCUACAUGCUCCCACUGUUGUCUGUGUCCAUUUCCUACUGUGCCAUUUCUUAUCAUCUCCAGAAGAGAAAAGUCCCGGGAGCUGCAUGCCACAGCCAGGAAAAGUGGGCUAAAAAAAAGCGGAAGACCUUUCGGAUCCUAGUUAUCGCUGUCAUGUGCUUUGCUUUUUGCUGGCUCCCCCUUCAGGUGGUUAACCUGAUACGAGAUAUUGAUGAGGAAUUUGCCAUCCUUGACAAGAGAUAUGUGAAUGUCAUCCAAGUGUCCUGCCAUCUUGUUGCAAUGAGUUCGGCGUGCUUCAAUCCGUUCAUCUACGCUUCCCUCCAUGACAAGUUUCGUUUCCACAUUGGUAACUAUUUUUAUCACAGGAAGAAGUCAAGCAUCACUUCGUGCAAGGUCUCCCGGCGGAACACCUGCUCCACUUUGGCAGAUAAUCCUGGGAUCAUCUCAGAGAAAAUAGCACUUCAAGUUGGGCCCAAGCAUCAUUCAGGGGAACCUGGUACAAAGUUGUAAGAUGCCUACGUACAUACCAUAAAUCACUUCCAGCCCAUAUGAACAGUUUCAUGAAUUGUGGGGAAAAAACUUACUGUUUUAAUUUUGUAAAACCAUCUCCAAAACUAUACCUGCCUGGGCAAUGGGACUAUAGCCAGGGCUGGAGGUGGGAAGGGAUCUCCAGAUCCAAGCACAGUAUAUGCUUUCUGUCCCCUAGAUCGCAUGCUGCUGUGGAUCCUGUGUGGGGAGGAAAGCAAGAUACAUAAAAUAAAGUAAAUCCUGCAAAGUUACUUCUUAAAAGUAAUUACCUUUGUAACUCACUACACAGUUCCAACAAAACAGUGAUUUGUUGUAAUCGUAAUUAUAUCUACAUAUUCAAAGUUAAGAUGUCUUGAACCAAGUAUAAUGACAAGAACAGCAUCAAACAUGUAAUGUUCUAUGCAAACACCUGUAAAAAUGUCUUUAAAUGUCCCUGACAGGUAAUUCUGAAAAAUAACUAGAAAUUGUUCCUCUUCUUUUUGUCUUGUUUCUGCAUGUUAUAUAAUACCUUUGAAAUAUAACUUCAUUAUGCUCUCAUUAUAAAAAAGACCUGUAUAUAAAACGUUAAUUUCUUGCAGGUAGUUUUAUUCUGAUGAUUUAACAAGCUUUCCUUUCCUGUCUUUUAACCCUAAUGGAAAAAAAAUCCUUCUUAUUUAAUUUAGCAGCCUUUUAAAAGCGUAUGUAUUAUAUUAGUCAUACUGAGCAUCUUUUUCCUGAGCUUUUAUUUUGUGUGAUAUAAAUUGUAGUCUUGCAGCCUGUAUAGCUAAAAUAGUCUGGUCAAAUAAAAUAUUGUAAAAUAAAGAUACAUUUCUUUGAAAGUAUUAUAAUAAAGAUGCAGCAACAGA